GGCUGGACAGUUGCCUGGGAGGAAAAACCAGGAGAGAGAGGCAUCCAGGGCAAGCUGCGGGGCAAGACCCAGGAAAGGGCAACGUAUCUACAGGCUGUGCCAGACUGGUAACCCCAGCCUCCUGAGUUCGUGCAGGUAGCAGCUGCAACCAGGCUCGUGCAACACUGUGAGUGUGCAGCUGGGACUCAGAACUGUGUCUGCCGGGCCCUGGGGAGCGGGCAGCGGGAGCUCUGACACAGAACCAUGGUGAUUCUUCAGCAGGGGGACUAUGUGUGGAUGGACCUGCGAUCCGGGCAGGAGUUUGACGUGCCCAUCGGGGCUGUGGUGAAGCUCUGCGACUCCGGCCAGAUCCAGGUGGUGGAUGACGAAGGCAAUGAACACUGGAUCUCCCCGCAGAACGCCACACACAUCAAACCCAUGCACCCUACCUCGAUCCAUGGUGUGGAGGACAUGAUCCGCCUGGGGGACCUCAAUGAGGCGGGCAUCCUGCGAAACCUGCUCAUCCGCUACCGGGACCACCUCAUCUACACAUACACAGGCUCCAUCCUGGUGGCAGUGAACCCCUACCAGCUGCUCUCCAUCUACUCCCCAGAGCAUAUCCGCCAGUAUACCAACAAGAAGAUUGGGGAGAUGCCCCCCCACAUCUUUGCCAUCGCCGACAACUGCUACUUCAACAUGAAACGCAACAGCAGAGACCAGUGCUGUAUCAUCAGUGGAGAGUCUGGAGCAGGGAAGACCGAGAGCACGAAGCUGAUUCUGCAGUUUCUGGCAGCCAUCAGUGGGCAGCACUCAUGGAUUGAGCAGCAGGUCCUGGAGGCCACCCCCAUCCUGGAAGCGUUUGGAAAUGCCAAAACCAUCCGAAACGACAACUCAAGCCGCUUCGGGAAGUACAUCGACAUCCACUUCAAUAAACGGGGUGCCAUCGAGGGUGCCAAGAUCGAGCAGUACCUGCUGGAGAAGUCACGAGUCUGUCGCCAGGCCCCGGAUGAGCGGAAUUAUCAUGUGUUCUACUGCAUGCUGGAGGGCAUGAGCAAGGAGCAGAAGAAGAAGCUGGGCCUGGGCCAGGCCACUGACUACAACUAUUUGGCCAUGGGCAACUGUACAACCUGUGAGGGCCGAGUGGACAGCCAGGAGUAUGCCAACAUCCGCUCUGCCAUGAAGGUGCUCAUGUUCACCGACACAGAGAACUGGGAGAUCUCGAAGCUCCUGGCCGCCAUCCUGCACCUGGGCAACCUGCAGUACGAGGCGCGGACAUUUGAGAACUUGGAUGCCUGUGAGGUCCUCUUCUCUCCGUCGCUGGCUACUGCUGCAUCCCUGCUCGAGGUGAACCCCCCAGACCUGAUGAGCUGCCUGACCAGCCGCACCCUCAUCACCCGUGGGGAGACGGUGUCCACCCCACUCAGCAGGGAGCAGGCGCUGGAUGUACGAGAUGCCUUCGUCAAGGGAAUCUAUGGGCGUCUCUUCGUGUGGAUUGUGGAGAAGAUCAAUGCAGCAAUUUACAAGCCUCCCUCACAGGAAGUGAACUCCCGCCGGUCCAUCGGCCUCCUUGAUAUCUUUGGGUUUGAGAACUUUGCUGUGAACAGCUUUGAGCAGCUCUGCAUCAACUUCGCCAAUGAGCACCUGCAGCAGUUCUUCGUGCGACAUGUGUUCAAGCUGGAGCAGGAGGAGUAUGACCUGGAGAGCAUCGACUGGCUGCACAUCGAGUUUACAGACAACCAGGACGCCCUGGACAUGAUCGCCAACAAGCCCAUGAACAUCAUCUCCCUCAUCGACGAGGAGAGCAAGUUCCCCAAGGGCACUGACACCACUAUGUUGCAUAAGCUCAACUCCCAGCACAAACUCAACGCCAACUAUGUGCCUCCCAAGAACAACCAUGAGACUCAGUUUGGCAUCAACCACUUUGCAGGUGUCGUCUACUAUGAGACCCAAGGCUUCCUGGAGAAGAACCGGGACACCCUGCAUGGGGACAUCAUCCAGCUGGUCCACUCCUCCCGGAACAAGUUUAUUAAGCAGAUCUUCCAGGCCGAUGUCGCCAUGGGCGCCGAGACCAGGAAGCGCUCGCCCACACUCAGCAGCCAGUUCAAGCGGUCGCUAGAGCUGCUGAUGCGCACGCUGGGUGCCUGCCAGCCCUUCUUCGUGCGCUGCAUUAAGCCCAAUGAGUUCAAGAAGCCCAUGCUAUUUGACCGGCACUUGUGUGUGCGCCAGCUGCGCUACUCGGGCAUGAUGGAGACCAUCCGGAUCCGCCGCGCUGGCUACCCGAUCCGCUACAGCUUCGUGGAGUUCGUGGAGCGGUACCGAGUGCUGCUGCCCGGUGUGAAGCCGGCCUACAAACAGGGUGACCUUCAGGGGACAUGCCAGCGUAUUGCUGAGGCUGUGCUGGGCACCCAUGAUGACUGGCAGAUCGGCAAAACCAAGAUCUUUCUGAAGGACCACCAUGACAUGCUGCUGGAGGUGGAGCGGGACAAGGCCAUCACCGACAGGGUCAUCCUCCUCCAGAAGGUCAUCCGGGGGUUCAAAGACAGGUCCAACUUCCUGAAGCUGAAGAAUGCAGCCACACUGAUCCAGAGGCACUGGCGGGGCCACAACUGUAGAAGGAGCUAUGAGCUGAUGCGCCUGGGCUUCCUGCGGCUGCAGGCCCUGCAUCACUCCCGGAAGCUGCACCAGCAGUACCGCCUGGCCCGCCGACACAUCAUUGAGUUCCAGGCCCGAUGCCGAGCCUACCUGGUGCGAAAGGCCUUCCGCCACCGCCUCUGGGCUGUGCUCACCGUGCAGGCCUAUGCCCGUGGCAUGAUUGCCCGAAGGCUACACCGGCGCCUCAAGGGUGAGUAUUUGCGGCGCCUUGAGGCAGAGAAGAUGCGGCUGGCAGAGGAGGAGAAGCUCCGGAAGGAAAUGAGUGCCAAGAAGGCCAAGGAGGAGGCGGAGCGCAAACAUCAGGAGCGCCUGGCCCAGCUGGCUCGUGAGGACGCAGAGCGGGAGCUGAAGGAGAAGGAGGAGGCUCGGCAGAAGAAGGAGCUGCUGGAGCGAAUGGAGCGGGCCCGCCACCAGCCCAUCAACCACUCGGACAUGGUGGACAAGAUGUUUGGCUUCCUGGGGACUUCGGGUGGCCUGCCAGGCCAGGAGGGCCAGGCACCUAGCGGCUUUGAGGACCUGGAGCAAGGGCGGAGGGAGAUGGUGGAAGAGGACCUGGAUGCAGCCCUGCCCCUGCCCGACGAGGAUGAGGAGGACCUCUCUGAAUACAAAUUCGCCAAGUUUGCUGCCACCUACUUCCAGGGCACAACAACGCACUCCUACACGAGGCGGCCCCUCAAGCAGCCGCUGUUGUACCACGAUGACGAGGGCGACCAGCUGGCAGCCCUGGCAGUCUGGAUCACCAUCCUCCGGUUCAUGGGGGACCUCCCGGAGCCCAAGUACCACACAGCCAUGAGUGAUGGCAGUGAGAAGAUCCCUGUGAUGACCAAGAUUUAUGAGACCCUGGGCAAGAAGACUUACAAGAGGGAGCUACAGGCCCUGCAGGGCGAGGGCGAGGCCCAGCUCCCUGAAGGGCAAAAGAAGAGCAGUGUGAGGCACAAGCUGGUGCACUUGACCCUGAAGAAGAAGUCUAAGCUCACAGAGGAGGUGACCAAGAGGCUGCACGACGGGGAGUCCACAGUGCAGGGCAAUAGCAUGCUGGAGGACCGCCCCACCUCCAACCUGGAGAAGCUGCACUUCAUCAUUGGCAACGGCAUCUUGCGGCCAGCGCUGCGGGAUGAGAUCUACUGCCAGAUCAGCAAGCAGCUCACCCACAACCCAUCCAAGAGCAGUUAUGCCCGCGGCUGGAUCCUCGUGUCUCUCUGUGUAGGCUGUUUUGCUCCCUCUGAGAAGUUUGUCAAGUACCUGCGGAACUUCAUCCACGGGGGACCCCCUGGCUAUGCCCCAUACUGUGAGGAGCGUCUGAGGAGGACCUUUGUCAACGGGACGCGGACACAGCCACCCAGCUGGCUGGAGUUGCAGGCCACCAAGUCCAAGAAGCCCAUCAUGUUGCCUGUGACAUUCAUGGAUGGGACUACCAAGACCCUGCUGACGGACUCGGCGACCACAGCCAAGGAGUUGUGCAAUGCCCUGGCUGACAAGAUCUCCCUCAGGGACCGUUUUGGGUUCUCGCUCUACAUCGCCCUAUUUGAUAAGGUGUCCUCCCUGGGCAGUGGCAGUGACCAUGUCAUGGAUGCCAUCUCCCAGUGUGAACAGUAUGCCAAGGAGCAGGGUGCCCAGGAGCGCAAUGCACCAUGGAGGCUCUUCUUCCGUAAAGAGGUCUUCACACCCUGGCACAACUCCUCAGAAGACAAUGUGGCCACCAACCUCAUCUACCAGCAGGUGGUGCGAGGGGUCAAGUUUGGGGAAUACAGGUGUGAAAAGGAAGAUGACCUGGCCGAGCUGGCCUCCCAGCAGUACUUUGUGGACUAUGGCUCAGAAAUGAUCCUGGAGCGUCUCCUGAACCUUGUGCCCACCUACAUCCCUGACCGCGAGAUCACACCCCUGAAGACACUCGAGAAGUGGGCCCAGCUGGCCAUUGCAGCCCACAAGAAGGGGAUUUAUGCACAGAGGAGAACUGACGCCCAGAAGGUCAAAGAAGAUGUGGUCAAUUAUGCCCGUUUCAAGUGGCCCUUGCUCUUCUCCAGGUUUUAUGAGGUCUACAAAUUCUCAGGUCCCACCCUUCCCAAGAAUGAUGUCAUUGUGGCCGUCAACUGGACGGGUGUCUACUUUGUGGAUGAGCAGGAGCAAGUGCUCCUGGAAUUGUCCUUCCCGGAGAUCAUGGCGGUGUCCAGCAGCAGGGGAGCAAAACUGACGGCCCCCAGCUUCACACUGGCCACCAUCAAGGGGGAUGAGUACACUUUCACUUCCAGCAAUGCCGAGGACAUCCGUGACCUGGUAGUCACCUUCCUGGAGGGACUCCGGAAGAGGUCUAAGUAUGUAGUGGCCCUGCAGGACAACUCCAACCCUGUGGGCGAGGAGUCGGGCUUCCUCAGCUUUGCCAAGGGAGACCUCAUCAUCCUGGACCAUGACACUGGUGAGCAGGUCAUGAACUCAGGCUGGGCCAACGGCAUCAAUGAGAGGACCAAGCAGCGUGGGGACUUCCCCACGGACUGCGUGUACGUCAUGCCCACUGUCACCAUGCCCCCACGGGAGAUUGUGGCUCUGGUCACCAUGACCCCCGACCAGAGGCAAGAUGUGAUCCGGCUCCUGCAGCUGCACACAGUAGAGCCUGAGGUGCGCAGCAAGCCCUACACGCUGGAGGAAUUCUCCUACGACUACUUCAGACCCCCACCCAAGCACACGCUGAGCCGUGUCAUGGUGUCCAAGGCCCGAGGCAAGGACCGGCUGUGGAGCCACACACGGGAGCCACUCAAACAAGCACUACUCAAGAAGAUUCUGGGCAGCGAGGAGCUUUCACAGGAGGCCUGCAUGGCCUUCAUUGCCGUGCUCAAGUACAUGGGCGACUACCCCUCCAAGAGGGCGCGCUCCAUCAACGAGCUCACUGAUCAGAUCUUUGAGGGGGCCCUGAAGGCCGAGCCCCUCAAGGAUGAGGCCUAUGUGCAGAUCCUGAAGCAGCUGACUGACAACCACAUCAGGUACAGCGAAGAGCGGGGCUGGGAGCUGCUCUGGCUGUGCACUGGCCUCUUCCCUCCCAGCAACAUCCUGCUGCCUCACGUGCAGCGCUUCCUGCAGUCCCGCAAGCACUGCCCACUGGCCAUCGACUGCCUGCAGCGGCUCCAGAAAGCCCUGAGAAAUGGGUCCCGGAAGUACCCUCCUCACUUGGUGGAGGUGGAGGCUAUCCAGCACAAAACCACUCAGAUUUUCCACAAGGUCUACUUCCCUGACGACACAGAUGAGGCCUUUGAGGUGGAGUCCAGCACCAAGGCCAAGGACUUCUGCCAGAACAUCGCCACUCGGCUGCUCCUCAAGUCCUCAGAGGGAUUCAGCCUCUUUGUCAAAAUUGCAGACAAGGUUAUCAGCGUCCCUGAGAAUGACUUCUUCUUUGACUUUGUUCGGCACCUGACAGACUGGAUAAAGAAAGCACGGCCCAUCAAGGAUGGAAUCCUGCCCUCGCUCACCUACCAGGUGUUCUUCAUGAAGAAACUGUGGACUACUACAGUGCCAGGCAAGGACCCCAUGGCUGAUUCCAUCUUCCACUAUUACCAGGAGCUGCCUAAGUAUCUCCGAGGAUAUCACAAGUGCACACGAGAGGAGGUCCUGCAGCUGGGGGCGCUGAUCUACAGGGUCAAAUUUGAGGAAGACAAGUCCUACUUCCCCAGUAUCCCUAAGCUGCUAAGGGAGCUGGUACCUCAAGACCUCAUCCGACAGAUUUCACCUGAUGACUGGAAGCGGUCUAUUGUUGCCUACUUCAACAAGCACACAGGAAAAUCCAAGGAGGAGGCCAAGCUGGCCUUCCUGAAGCUCAUCUUCAAGUGGCCCACCUUCGGCUCUGCCUUCUUUGAGGUGAAGCAAACUACAGAGCCAAACUUCCCUGAGAUCCUCUUAAUUGCCAUCAACAAGUAUGGGGUCAGCCUCAUUGAUCCCAGAACCAAGGACAUCCUGACCACUCACCCCUUCACCAAGAUCUCUAACUGGAGCAGUGGCAACACUUACUUCCACAUCACCAUUGGGAACUUGGUUCGAGGGAGCAAAUUACUGUGUGAGACAUCACUGGGUUACAAGAUGGAUGACCUCCUGACCUCCUACAUUAGCCAGAUGCUCACAGCCAUGAGCAAACAGCGGGGCUCCAGGAGCGGCAAGUGAACAGGGGAGGAGACACUGGCUCUGUGCCUGCUUUCUAGGCAACAUCUGGCUCAGGUGCUCAGCUACCCCUGCAGCUGGGAAAGACCUCUGCCAUCCAGGCAGGGAGGCAGGGCUGGCCAUCCGCCACUGACCAUGUCACCACGUCUGCUGGCCCUCUGACCUGUCUUCCACUGAGGUCAGAACUUCCCUCUGUCCAUCUGUGGUACCUGGGUUGGCUCUCACCCUAGCUUGCUGUGGCCUUCCCAGUUUACCAGCCUGUGCUCCUUGGAUGCUCAGACAAGCUCCACCCCUGCUUUGACUUUCUGUAUACUACGGGGACAGAAGAAUUCAGAGGACAACCUAUCUCUCAAUACUGGGAACCACCAAACCAAAUGUGCAUUGAAUACUCUGAAAUCCAAUGGACUGGGUUACUUCUUCUAAGUCAAGCAUCCUCAGCUGGGGUGAGGAAGACAGACCACUUUUGUAUAUUGUGUUGUGACCUCUGGGCCCUCGCUCAAGUUUCCCUGAUCAUCUCAGGGCAUAAAGCAUGUGUUUCAUCCUCUGG